UUGAUAUCCAUUUUCUGUCAUUAGAAAAAGAAAAUUGUCCGUCAGGCUAAUGUCAAAAGAAUUUAUCUAUAAAAUAUUAUAGAAGAAUAAACAUUCUUAAAAUUAACAAUAGUAGGUAUCUAGUAUUAAAAAAAAAAAAAAAAAACUGUGGCGUGAGCCGCAGAGCAUCGGUUAUAUCGUCCAUUACUUCGACGGUAUAAUUACUUGAAAAUGUCGAAAAAAGAAUUCUCUUGUGAGAUGAACAGCAACAAAUUCUUCCGAUUGUGCGCGGCCGGCGGCGCCUGUGCCUGUGGCAUCACCCACACCCUUGUCACACCUCUCGACUUAGUCAAGUGCCGACUGCAGGUAGACCCCGGGAAGUACAAAUCCAUUUUCAAGGGGUUCGCCAUCUCGUUCCGAGAAGGCGGCGUCGCCAAUCUCGUUAAGGGCUGGGCGCCGACACUGAUCGGAUAUUCUCUCCAGGGCUCCGUUAAAUUCGCUGGAUACGAAUACUUCAAAUACAAAUUCGCCAGCAUGGUCGACGAAGAAUCCGCUUACUUAUAUCGCACUUAUUUAUAUUUGGGUGCAUCAGCAUCCGCUGAGCUGAUUGCUGAUAUAUUUUUGGCGCCUUUCGAAGCGACCAAAGUGAGGAUGCAAACGACACCCGGGUACACUUCACAAAUGAGAGUUGCCAUGCCGCAUAUGUACGCUACAGAGGGCUUUGGAGUUUUCUAUAAGGGACUGACGCCACUCUGGGGACGCCAGGUGCCAUAUACCAUGAUGAAGUUCGCGUCCUUCGAAAAGACUCUCGAGUAUUUGUACGCGAAUGUAGUUCCGAAACCGAGAGAUCAGUGCACGAAGGUGGAGCAGUUAGUAGUGACGUUCACAGCGGGCUACAUAGCUGGCGUCCUGUGCGCUAUAGUGUCGCAUCCAUCUGACACUGUUGUUUCUAAACUGAAUAAGGAUCCGAGUGCGACCAUCGGCGGAAUUAUAAAAGAAGUUGGAAUGGUUGGAAUCUGGCGCGGGCUAGUGGCCCGUAUAAUUAUGAUUGGCACGCUGACCGGGCUGCAGUGGUUCGUUUACGAUGCCUUCAAAGUUUAUACGAGGAUGCCUCGCCCGCCACCCGCGGCGAUGCCGGAAUCGCUUCGAAAGAAACUGGCAGCCAAGAAAUAACAUAAAUUUGUACACUUGAAAUUACAUUAACAUCGUUCAAUUUCCUUGUGAAUCAUGUGUGUAUCGGUUGUCUCGUUUUCUGCAAUAUACUUUUCUUGAUGUAUUUACUUCUUGCCCUUUCAUUCUCGAAAUAAAGUUUCCCCUUCACAUCGUAACAUUACAUAGAUAGAUACAAAUGUCCGUUGAAAUGCUUACAUAAACCCAAAGCCAUCGGACGUUUACUGACAAUAGCAUAAACGAAAAA